GUCCCUCGGCUCCCUCCCUUCUUCCCUCCCUCCCGGCCCUUCGGCCGCGGCGGAGCGCGCCAGCCUUUUCCGGGGGCGGGGGCCCGGCUCGCGCUCUCCCCUCCCGAAGGCGCCCGCUCGGACAUCCCGAGGAUUGCUACUUCUUUGCCAACUUCGCCAACUCACCGGCACUUGGAGCGGCCCGGCUCCCCGCCCGGCGCCCUCGGGCCGCCCCUGCUCCACGGCUACUCCGACUGCUGCCUCUGGAUGAACGGGUUCCAGGGGAGCUGAGCGAGCCGUCUCCCCCGCCCAGCCUCAGCCCCGGCCGCAGCUGCCGCGCGCGCCAUGCGCCCCCAGGUCCCCCCGGCCCGGCCUUCCGCCCCGGGGCCGUUCUGCUGACCGCCCAGCCCCGCGCCCCGACGGUGGGAAGUUCCGGGCGCUGCGGUUGCAAGCUCCGGCAGGCCCGGGAGGAGUCCCCGCGGGGAGCGCAGCGCGGCGCCCCCCGCCCCCGAGCGCUCCGCCGCAGCCGGGAGCCCGCUCACCCCACCCCCCCCACCGUCCCUCCCUUUUUUCCUCAAGUCCUGAAGUUGAGUUUGAGAGGCGACACGGCGGCGGCGGCCGCGCUGCUCCCGCUCCUCUGUCUCCCCAUGGAUAUGCACUGCAAAGCAGACCCCUUCUCCGCGAUGCACCCAGGGCACGGGGGUGUGAACCAGCUUGGGGGGGUGUUUGUGAAUGGCAGGCCCCUGCCCGACGUGGUGAGGCAGCGCAUCGUGGAGCUGGCCCACCAGGGUGUGCGGCCCUGCGACAUCUCCCGGCAGCUGCGGGUCAGCCACGGCUGUGUCAGCAAAAUCCUGGGCAGGUACUACGAGACUGGCAGCAUCAAGCCCGGAGUGAUCGGCGGCUCCAAGCCCAAAGUGGCAACACCCAAAGUUGUGGACAAGAUUGCUGAAUACAAACGACAGAAUCCUACUAUGUUCGCCUGGGAGAUCCGGGACCGGCUCCUGGCGGAGGGCAUCUGUGACAACGACACAGUGCCCAGCGUCUCUUCCAUCAACAGGAUCAUCCGGACCAAAGUUCAGCAGCCUUUCCACCCAACGCCGGAUGGAGCCGGGACCGGAGUGACUGCCCCUGGCCACACCAUCGUUCCCAGUACGGCCUCCCCUCCUGUUUCCAGCACCUCCAAUGAUCCAGUGGGAUCCUACUCCAUCAAUGGGAUCCUGGGGAUCCCUCGCUCCAAUGGCGAGAAGAGGAAACGUGAUGAAGUCGAGGUAUACACUGAUCCUGCCCACAUUAGAGGAGGUGGAGGUUUGCAUCUGGUCUGGACUUUAAGAGAUGUGUCUGAGGGCUCAGUCCCCAAUGGAGAUUCCCAGAGUGGCGUGGAUAGUUUGCGGAAGCACUUGCGAGCCGACACCUUCACCCAGCAGCAGCUGGAAGCUUUGGAUCGGGUCUUUGAGCGUCCUUCCUACCCUGACGUCUUCCAGGCAUCAGAGCACAUCAAAUCAGAGCAGGGGAACGAGUACUCCCUCCCAGCCCUGACCCCUGGGCUUGAUGAAGUCAAGUCGAGUCUAUCUGCAUCCACCAACCCGGAGCUGGGCAGCAACGUGUCGGGCACGCAGACAUACCCGGUUGUGACCGGUCGUGACAUGGCGAGCACCACUCUGCCUGGUUACCCCCCUCACGUGCCCCCCACUGGCCAGGGAAGCUACCCCACCUCCACCCUGGCAGGAAUGGUGCCUGGGAGCGAGUUCUCCGGCAACCCGUACAGCCAUCCCCAGUACACGGCCUACAACGAGGCUUGGAGAUUCAGCAACCCCGCCUUACUAAUGCCGCCCCCCGGGGCUCCGCCCCUGCCGCUGCUGCCGCUGCCUAUGACCGCCACUAGUUACCGCGGGGACCACAUCAAGCUUCAGGCCGACAGCUUUGGCCUCCACAUCGUCCCCGUCUGACCGCCCACCCCGGAGGGAGGGAGGAUCGACGCGACAAGAAGCCUCCCGGCCACCGCCCCAGACCCACCCCAUCCCAGGACCCCUACAGCCCUUCACUUCACCCCGUCGAAGGCCGGACAGGACGGGUGGAGCCGCGGGCGGGACCCUCAGGCCCGGGCCCGCCGCCCCCAAUCCCGCCCGCCGCCCCUCCCCGCCUGCCUGGACUGCGCGGCGUCGCGAGGAGGGCCCGACCCAGCUCAUCCCCGCCUCGCCCGAGCCGACCCGGGAGCCGACCAGCCACACCGCCGGACUCUGGUCGGGCCCGCCGCUGCGCGGGGGACACGUUUCUGUGACACACAAUCAGCGCGGACUGCAGCGCGGCCCAGCCCCAGAGCAGCCCGCCUCGGACGCUCCGGCGCCGGGAGGCUUCGCUGGGCAAAGGAAAUUAAGAACAAAACGAUGUUCUGCAGAAGGGGGAAGAGCCUCCUGCCAAGCCCUCGGGAAAGAGUCCGCACCCCGGCGCCAAUCGGACUGCCCCCACCUGUGCCCUGCCCAGAAGGUGGAAUGGAAUGGGGGCGUGAGGGCCGGGCUCUAGGGACAGGGGCGGGGGGGGGCGGGGUUGUCAGGUGUUUCCAAGGUUGUGACCCAAGACACGCAGGCCCCAGCAGCCCGCACCCACGGAGCCCGACUCUUGGCUCUCCCCUACUCCACCUGAACUGCCCAGUUCCCCAGGGCCCAGGCAUCUCCUACUAGUGACCAGACUCUCAGCCCCGCCUUGCCCCUACCUCAGCGUCUCUUCCAUCUGCCGACCUCGCACUUCCCCCUCCUGCCCGUCCUUUUCCCAGCCCACGACGCUCUGCUUCUCUCCUCCCUAACUCGCUGUCCCGCCGGAGGCUCUUCCGUGCCUGCCUCAGGACCAGUUCCCGCAGGCCGCGGCACUGGUCUUCCCCGAGCGGUUGCUUGAUGCUCCCCGACUCCCCCGACACAGACUCUCAAUCUGCAGGUGGUGGGAGCAGGGUCUGAGCUGGCGUGUGAGCUGCGCGGGGUGGAAGGUGGGGGGCUGCCCACUCCACCCCCUCCCACCCACCUCCAGCCUCCUCCUCUGGCAGAAAAUGAACAGGGCCGCAAAAAGUCUACAUUUAUUUAAUAUGAUGAUCUUUGCAAAAGAGGAAAACGAAAACAAAAACCCAACAGGCUGCUGCUUUGUAGAAAGACGGUGUGUGUCGUGUGAAGGCGAACCCCUGUGUAUAUAACCCCGCCCCGUCCGUCCCGCCCUGCCCCGCCCCGCCCCGCCGGGUAGAGUCCCAGUUGCCCGCCCGUCCUGCCUGUAGAUACGCCCCGCUGUCUGUGCUGUGAGAG